AUCAAUCAUGCCGGAUUGGAACUCGCAAGCAAACGGUGCAGCAACAUGCAGCAUAGAGUUUUACAGGCGGCGAGAAAGGAGCGAAUAUAACGACGCCAAACACCACGAACACGCAUGACACGGUCGUACGCAAGCAACAGCCCGUGAGUUUGGUUAGUCAGUCGAAAAGUUCCCUCCGGAAAGGGUCGCUUAGCUUUGUGGCGCAACGUGGUGUGGUUCGAGUGUUUGCGCUGAUGAUCCUCGGUGCAUUUCCUGAGCGUUGUCCUUCGUUCGUUCCUCACAUCCGGUGUUACGAUUGAGCGAGUGUAUUUCUGUGUGUGUGCAUGUGUGUGUUUGGGGUUGUUUUAUCUAUGCCACGGUGAUCUAGGAUAAACUAAUUUAAAGGUGCUUGCCAUGGAUAAACUAUCGACCGCAGCGCCGGCCUCGGUUGGAUCGGUGUGCGGUGUGACGGACGUUAAGUUUUCCCGUCCACUGCCAAGUUCCUCGUUUAGUAUAGAAAAUUUGAUCGCAGUCAAACGGCGCCACAGUCCGGGAAGAUCCUCAUCGCCCGAGAUCGAUCCAGUCGAUCAAGGAUCGUGUUCUCCACCGGCGGCCGUAUCGAAUGCCGCCGGUGGACUUUUGCUCGAGGCGUCCCAACAGCAACAGUACCUGGCAGCGGCCGCCGCAGGAUAUAGUGCGGCCAUGCUUUCGUUUAGCUCCUUUCCGCCACUGUACCAUCCGUGGGGUGCGACAAUCCCUGCCGCCGGUCGCUAUCUGUCCCAGGCAGCGAAUGAAAAAUUGUCCACCCUUCUGUUGCACCACUCGAGUGGAGGACAUAAAUCGUACCCGGGUGGGGAACCGUGUGCCGGUGCGUUUCCGUCAAGUGAAGCGCAGCAACCGUCAGUGGGAAUGUCCUUGCCGGGGGCGGCCAGUCCGAGGGGUGCCAGAAGUGGCGAUAAAUUGUUCCCAACUGAGGCAGACCUCCUGUCGAAGGUGUACGCCGUCUACCAACAUCAGCAUCAACAUCAGCCACGCUAUCACAACACUUCGGGCUCACCUGCGGGGACAGGCUAUUCUGGGCCGGUGGAACCGAACGUACUGAAUGGGAUGGCAAUGGCCGGGAAUGCCCAUCACCAACAGCAGCCACCGUUGAUGGAGCAACCCUGUGCAGGGCAGGGUGGUGAUGAUGGUGGCCUAGAGGAUGAGGACCGAACGCGACCAAUGGAGGACGGUGGGGAGAGUGCGGAUGGGUCGGCGUACAGUGAUGACAUUAGUCUGACACUUUCACCGUCCGGAUGCGGCAAAACGACCGACCUUGGCGACACGGACUCGGAUGCCUGUUCGGAAGAUGAAUGCACGCAAAAUUCUUCCUCGUCCGGACGGGUGGGCAAAUCCGGCAGUGGAACCGAAACAUCCAAAUCCCGCCGUCGGCGAACUGCCUUCACGUCGGAACAGUUGCUAGAACUGGAGCGAGAGUUUCACGCCAAAAAGUACCUCAGUCUUACGGAACGUAGCCAAAUUGCGACCAGCCUCAAGCUAAGUGAAGUGCAGGUGAAGAUUUGGUUCCAAAACCGGCGUGCCAAGUGGAAACGUGUUAAAGCUGGUCUGAAUUCGCAUGGUCUCGGCAGUCGUAAUACUAGUGGUUCAAGUUCCGGUGCGACCGGUGCGGCCAGCAAGAUCGUUGUACCGAUUCCGGUGCAUGUGAACCGGUUCGCCAUUCGUUCGCAACAUCAGCAGAUGGAGAAGAUGAACCUGGUUGGGCCGAAAGCUGAGCUGCGAAAGGCUGACCUUGGACUAGCGGAAACGGGUGGAUUCGAGCGAUUUGGACUAAGCAAACACCUAUCGAAGGUAGCCCCGAUGGAAGUGACCAUUAAUAGGGUGGAACCACAACAUCAAUUGGGACCAACAGAGGGAGCCUCAAAGGGUUCCAUUGACAACGAUGUCGGUAACGGUGCUGGUGGAGGAGGCUCAGGAGAGAUAGGAAGGGGAGGAGGAGGCGGUGGCGGAGGAGGAACAGGAUUCCAGCUGGGUUUGGGAAUGUGUUCACUUGCUGCCCCUCCACACAGUGCCUCCCAUCCGGUCGCUCUAGUCGUUAAUCCGAAAACAUUCUAAAUCAUCGCUUCACGCUAAGUGAUAAGGGACGAAGAUAACCACAAAUGUCCAAAUUAGUGUAAAUGUGUGUGAGUGCAUAAUUAAAUGGGCUACAAAGGAAAAAAGAAGAAAAAAGUUUGUUUAACGGUUUUAUUACAUUUGAUUAGGGCUUUCUGUGAUGGCGAAAAAAGGAAGAAGUUUAAUGAAGUUGUACGAACAAAUCAGUUGUGUGGACAAUUGCAAUUGGUGAUGAUUUAAGUUGCGGCUGAAUUAGAAUUAAUUGGUGCAACAAGUCACAAGAAAAACACUAAUUGCUGGGAGACAAAGUGCUGGUUGAAAAAAAAAGUCACAUUCGGGGUUAUUGUGAUGGAGUUAUUUAUUUACGGAGAUAUUAAAUGACCAGUGUGAAGC